GCUUGAGUGGCAGGGGAACCGGAAGUGGGGGCGCUGCCGCUGGUGUUGGGGCCCGAGGAGGGACGCGCCGGAGUGGGGCCGCCGGGACUGAGCGAGCGACAGACGCGCCACCCGCCGACGCCGCAGCCGCUUGGGGCCCGCACGGACCCUCUGCCUGAGUAUAGAAUGAGCCAAGGAGACUCAAACCCAGCAGCUAUCCCACAUGCGGCAGAAGAUAUUCAAGGAGAUGACAGGUGGAUGUCUCAGCACAACAGAUUUGUCCUGGACUGUAAAGACAAAGAGCCUGAUGUGCUGUUUGUCGGGGAUUCCAUGGUGCAGUUAAUGCAGCAGUACGAGAUAUGGCGAGAGCUUUUUUCCCCACUUCAUGCACUGAAUUUUGGAAUUGGGGGAGAUACAACAAGACAUGUUUUGUGGAGACUAAAGAAUGGAGAACUGGAGAAUAUUAAACCUAAGGUCAUUGUGGUCUGGGUAGGAACAAACAACCAUGAAAAUACGGCAGAAGAAGUAGCAGGUGGAAUCGAGGCCAUCGUCCAACUUAUUAAUACAAGGCAGCCGCAGGCCAAAAUCAUUGUAUUGGGUUUGUUACCUCGAGGUGAGAAGCCCAACCCGUUGAGGCAAAAGAAUGCCAAGGUGAACCAGCUCCUCAAGGUUUCCCUGCCGAAGCUCGCCAACGUCCAGCUCCUGGACACAGACGGGGGCUUCGUGCACUCGGACGGUGCCAUCUCCUGCCACGACAUGUUUGAUUUUCUGCACCUCACAGGAGGGGGCUACGCCAAGGUCUGCAAACCCCUGCAUGAACUGAUCAUGCAGUUACUGGAGGAGACCCCGGAGGAGAAGCAAGCCACCAUCGCCUGACUGGCUCCCAUCAGUGUCGCUCGCACCCCAGCUUCCUCAGAUCAGUUAUGUCACUGGCACUACAGAAUCCUUCUCUUUCCUAAGGCACUUUGCAUUGUAGAAUGUUCCCGGAUGCUCAUAUCUAGUGUUUGAAGGGGAGGAGGGAUUUAAACCGGUCCUGUACAUAGAAGGUUGGUUUGACACGGGAGACAAAUUAGCCAAGGAAGAUUGUCGUCUAAAUUCAUUUGAAACCAGAAGGGGACUUUUUUAGUUGUAUGUGUGACCUACUCAUUGAAUCAUCACAGUUUUUCCUAGGACAACAUCCAGCCUAAGGACUGAACAAAAUGAAGAUUUUUUUUUCUUGGCUUUUCUUUCUAUGGAUUAUGUCAUAUAGAGUAACGAUCAGGAUCAUACCGACUUGGCUUUGAAACAGAUGUCUUUUCCAGUUUUUAAAGUUCAUAAUUUA